AUGAUCAAAGUAUGGUUUAAAUGCGACCAAAACGUUCCAGGGAAAAUCAAGAUAGAUCCUGAUUCCGAUAUCGAUGAUUUAAAAGAAGUCAUUUUUGGUGCAACUGAUAAAGGACAGUAUCAGGCGACGUACAACUACAACCCAUUGAGACCAUCGGCGAAAGUUCCACAGGAUACAACUGAUGAUAUGCCAAUUGUAUUUACUAAAAUUGGUAAUGUGCUACCUCUAGCACCCCAAGAAUUUGCUGCACUUGACAGAUACUCGCCACAUCCUUAUGCCAAGUGCUACAUAUGUCGAGAUUGGCAUUUUACUGGUGGUCAACAUCAAUGGAAUUGGGUCUGCGAUUGCAAAAAUUGGGAAAAAGGGGAUAAGGACUAUUGGCGCUAUGAUAAUGGUUGGAAUCUUAUUACAAAACGUUAUGAUAGUGGAGCCUUUAGUCGUUAUUAUCAUCAUCUUUAUAAUGGAUAUGAUGCUUAUGAUUAUUAUAAUCGUCAUGCAUGUCUCUGUGAGAAACACUAA